GGUGUCCCUACUGAGACUGCAAUGGCAUGGUGGAAGGCCUGGAGUGAAGCAGAGGGCAAGUCUGUGACGGGUGCUUUAAAUUUUGACCCUGCACCUGAUGCUCAGACUCUCUACAAGGCCAUGAAAGGGCUUGGGACUGAUGAACAAGCUAUAAUUGAUGUCCUAACCAAGAGGAGCAAUAUGCAACGUCAGCAGAUUGCCAAAUCGUUCAAAGGACAGUUUGGAAAGGAUCUGAUUGAAAGCCUGAAGUCUGAACUGAGUGGCAACUUUGAGAGGCUCAUUGUAGCUCUCAUGUACUCCCCAUUCAAGUAUGAUGCCAAAGAGCUCCAUGAUGCCAUGAAGGGUUUGGGAACAAGUGAAGGUGUUAUCAUAGAGAUCCUGGCAUCCCGGACAAAAGGGCAAAUCAAAGAGAUAAUCAAGGCCUACAAAGAAGAAUAUGGUUCUGAUCUUGAAGAAGACAUAAAAUCUGAAACAAGUGGCUACUUGGAACAGAUUCUGGUUUGUCUUCUUCAGGGUGAGAGGGACAAUGCCACCUUCUACGUGGACACUGCAAAGGCUCUCCAGGAUGCAGAGACUCUCUAUGCUGCUGGGGAGAAGAUACGGGGUACUGAUGAGAUUGAAUUCAUCACCAUCUUGUGCACAAGGAGUGCCAUACACUUGCUGAAAGUGUUUGAAGAAUACCAGAAACUAGCUGGUAAGAGCAUAGAAGACUCUAUCAAGAGUGAAACUCAUGGUUCACUUGAGGAUGCCAUGCUGGCUAUUGUGAAAUGCACCAGGAAUGUCCAUCGCUACUUUGCAGAGAGGCUCUACCAUGCUUUAAAGGGGGCUGGCACCCAUGAUGGGACUCUCAUAAGGGUGGUCGUUUCUCGCAGUGAAGUUGACUUAAAUCUAAUAAAGGCUGAAUUCAAGAGUAUUGCAGGAAAGUCUCUCUCCAGUAUGAUUCUGGAUGACACCAGCGGUGAUUACAAGACAGCCUUGCUGAAUCUCUGUGGCAGUGACUGACAAAAUCUAGGAGGAAGAUGUUGCAGUAGAUACAGAAAGAAUAUUAACAGUGAAGAAGGGUCUUAAAAUGUACAUGUAGAAAAUAUUUUCAUUGAUUCAA